AUGUCGCUGGUGAACUGGGAAGGUCUGUUUGGUGAUGGAGAAGAAAAUGUAGUGUCAGUGAAAGAGGGGGAUUCAGUCACUCUAAACUCUGGUCUUACUAAAAUAAUGGGUGAUGAUCUUAUUCAGUGGAGGUUUUGGAUUAAAAACACUUUAAUAGCUGAAAUCAGCAAACGAGACGACAGCAUGACUGUAUAUGAUGAUGUUUUUGAUGGGAGAUUCAGAGACAGACUGAAGCUGGACAAACAAACUGGAUCUUUGGUUAUAAUAAACACCACAACUGAACAUGCUGGAGUUUAUGAAGUACUGAUAAACCAUUUGAGCACAAAUUUCAUUCUCACUGUACAUGCUCGUCUGCCUGUUCCUGUCAUCAGCAGUAACUCUUCAAAAUGUUCCUCAUCAUAUUGUUCAUUGGUGUGUUCAGUUGUGAAUGUGAGUGAUGUGACUCUCUCCUGGUACAAAGGAAACAGUUUAUUGUCCAGCAUCAGUGUGUCUGAUCUCAGCAUCAGUCUCUCUCUACCUCUGGAGGUGGAAUAUCAGGAUAAAAACACACACAGCUGUGUGAUCAACAAUCCCAUCAGCAACCAGACUCAACAUCUGGACAUCAGCAAACUCUGUCACACAUGUUCAGACUCUGUCCACUGUUGUGGUUCUACAGAAGCUGUGAUCCGAUUGGUCCUCUCCGCUCUGGUGGGUGUGGCUACUGUCAUUCUUCUGGUUUAUGACAUCAGAUCCAGAAGAACUGAACUAGAUCAAGCACAUAUUCACACAUGA